AUGAGUGCAACAGACGAUGCAGAAAACCGGGCUUCAGAAGCCGAGUCAUCGACACAUCCAAAAACGGCGGAUGCACCUCCGGGUCAACCGGAAAAAAUUCUGCCGAUUGUCUCUUUUUUAAGUGCCAACAAUCAGCCAGAAGCUGAGGAUGCUGUUCGUGAGGAAGGGAAGACCAUAAAGCGAGUUCCAAGUGCCAUUUCUCGAGAAAAUCGCCGGAAAACAUCGAUCAACGCAUGUGAAAUCAACUGGGGCCCAGCUGGUCGUGUUGAAUGUGGUCCAAACUUUGAAAACUCGCGCAUGAUGAUGGAGAACUACGUGAGAAAUAUGAUCUUUCAUACUCCUGUGGAAUGCAUAGGUUGGCUGAAAGCAGAGGAAUAUCAUUGGGGCGGUUGGAUUUUCUACGCUUAUCAACAAAGUCACAAAUUUAUGGAGUUCCUGGGUCGGUGUUAUUUGCACUGGAGUAAGUACGAAUGCACCCAGGAGAUUGCAGUUCUGAUCAUUAUUCGCACACUGCACAUAAUUGUGUAUGAAAAGAAUCGUCACAAUCACAAGUGCCCAUUUGUAAGUCAUUUUUUCAGGAAUUUAUGA